AUCCCUUCUGUUCUCUAGUCUAGGUGAUGGCCAUGCUUCUGUCUAGAACGCUGCGAACGACGUUCGUGAGGUCCUUAUUGAAGUUUCCUCAAAGUGAACUGUCAAGGAGAUUGGCAAAGCUCGUUGAUUAGUCGAGGGCUGCGAGUAGGAAUUGUAAAAUGGGGAAAUAUUAGUCCAAGUCGUCCCAAGUCAAGUUUACAAUUGACCGGCAGCUCAAGGUACUUGGCUUUGUUUCCACGUGCCUUGUUCUCCUUCUUUCCUCUCAGCUUUUGUCUCCCACGCCAAAGUCUUGGUCUUCGGGAGGCCAAAUCAUGUGAUUCUCGUUGGUGCAUUGGGGUCAAGUCGUUCCAAAAGCAACAUCAUUCUUUAUCCCUCUGCAUCCUUUUCCUUUAUAUAUGUACCCUUCUUGUUUUGCUCCAACACCAUCUCCCUCCAAAUGGAUCUUACCAUUUCGUGUUUCUCUCUCUCCUUGCUCUUCUUCAUCAUCUCCCUCCAAAUUCACUUCCUGGUGCCUGCUUCUGGCUACUUCAAGCCGUUCCAAGAAUGUGUUCCCUAUCCUUGUGGAGAUCAAGAAAUCAGCUAUCCUUUCAAGCAUAAUGAACGACCGAAUCAUUGUGGGUUUCCAGGUUAUGAGCUCGGCUGUGAUGGAGAUAACCUGACCCUUUCCAUGGAGUCCCUGAAAUAUUGGGUGAUCCACAUAGAUUGGAGCACGCAUAUCCUUGAGGUGGCGAGGACGGAUUUAUGGGACGAUAUAUGUCCUGAAACACAUGUCAACACCACUUUAAACUGCAGUCUUUUCAAUUACGCUUCCACUUACCCUAAUUCCACCUUAUUCUACGAUUGCGAUUCAUCACCGUCCCUUCAACCUUAUUAUUGGUUCCCUUGUCCCUGGUCUGGAGAUGGCUACUUUGCUCCCAAUGCGACCAUUGAAAACCCGCUACACGAGAUAUGCAACAUCAGUGUCCCUGUCCCAUUUUCACAUAUUGAAGCUCUCGGUCUACCACCGCCACCGAAGGACAGCGAUGAUAGGGCUACUAUUAGUGAGUUCCUGAAGAAAGGCUUUGAGAUUACCUGGAUUGCCGACACAUCGCAGUGCGAAAAUUGCAACAAAUCAGGGGGAAGAUGCGGUUAUGACUGGAUAAGGCAUCAAUUCAAUUGUUUCUGCCCUGAUGGAGCCCAUUCACCGACCUGCAACGGAAAGCGAGUUCGGGGAAGCUUCCCUUCGAGAGAAUCAAAUAGAAGAAAGAAACUAGUAGUAGGUUUUGCUUCAGCAGGUGGAACAGCAGGCGGAAUUGCGAUCAUAGUAGCAAUUAUUAUCUUCAUCUAUCGAUCUCGCCAAAGAAAAAAAUAUAACCAGUCAUCCUUUGCCUCGAGAAGCACCUCCUCAAUUUACUUCUCCAGGACAGAUUCUGAGAAGGGCAAUGUCUACCAUGGACUGCCCAUCUUUGACUACGACGAACUUAAGAAUGCUACCAACAAUUUCGAUCCAGCAGCGGAACUAGGUGAUGGAGGCUUUGGCACUGUUUUCAAAGGCAAACUUCAAGAUGGGCGUGUAGUUGCAGUCAAGAGAUUGUAUGAAAGCAACUACAAAAGAGUUGAGCAGUUCGUGAAUGAAGUCGAAAUACUUGCUCGCUUACGCCACCCAAAUCUAGUCUCACUGUAUGGCUGCACCUCCCGGCAGAGCCGUAGACUCCUGCUCGUGUAUGAAUAUGUGCCAAACGGCACGGUGGCUGAUCACAUUCAUGGUGAUUUAGCUAAACCCGGCUCACCCCCGUGGUCCACCCGUUUGAACAUAGCCAUAGAAACUGCAAAUGCAUUGGUGUAUCUCCACGCAUCUGUUGUAAUCCACCGAGAUGUGAAGACCAACAACAUCCUGCUGAACGAGAAUUUCAGUGUCAAGGUUGCGGAUUUCGGUUUGUCACGCCUCUUCCCAUUGAAUGCCACUCAUGUUUCAACUGCCCCUCAAGGGACACCAGGUUAUGUCGAUCCAGAGUACCACCAAUGCUACCAAUUGACUGAGAAGAGCGAUGUAUAUAGCUUUGGAGUAGUCUUGAUGGAGCUCAUAUCUUCCUUGCCAGCAGUUGAUAUCACUAGGCAUCGCCAUGAGAUAAAUCUAUCUGCCCUGGCCAUUAGCAAGAUCCAAAGCCACGCCUUGCACGAGCUUGUAGAUCCAAAUCUUGGGUUCGAUACAGACUAUAGGACUGGAGAAAUGAUUACUGCGGUGGCGGAGUUGGGGUUCCAGUGCUUGGAGCAAGGCCAUGACAUGAGGCCAUCGAUGGAAGAGGUAUUAAAAACACUAAAGGAAAUACAAAACCGCGGCCACGACAUGGAGAAGUCAGACCAAACGGAUAAUAUAUCGGAUGAUGCUGUUCUGUUGAAGAACAAUCCGUUAACAUCUUCGCCGGUUUCAGUCACGGCGAAAUGGGUUAGCAACGAUUCAACGCCCAAUGCCAGUGGUUAGGUUGCCAUUGCAGGAGACGAGAUCUUCUGAAGAUUGCCGAUAUGUACAGUAGUGAGGUAAUGUGCAUGAGUGAGGUAAAGAGGACAGCCACAUUAUGGUAUUUUUCCUUUGUUUGUUAUCAUAUUCUUCCAUACCCGGCAUCUUUACUGAGAUGGGAAUAUUAUGUGGAUGAGACAUAGCAGUUGGCACACUUUCGUCUUUGUUUUCUCUUCUGAAUUGAGCAUGAGAGCUUAGCCUCUCUUUUUGGGUAGGUACGUGACCACGAAAUGGUUCAACAUCGACUUCUGUAGUGUGCUGAAUGUCUCGUUCGUACCAUCCAUUGCAUUGCCCGAAAAGUUUUGUUUGGAUUCUGCCUAAAACAAUACAUGAACCGAGAGCGAUCUGAUAGAAUAGCCAUGGCUUUUGUUCUUCCUAGUUUUUCCAUGGAAGCAAUUGCAGGAAAUGGAUUACUAUACUGCCACCAGCUCCUGCUACUCUGCAGUUAGCAUACCUGUUUACGUAAAUGCCAAUUUCCCCAGCCCUAAUGGCUAUGGAUUUUCUUUCUUGAAAUGGAAUGUGCUAUAACCUCA